CUCAACCGAAGCAGCUUCAUGUGAAACGCAGACAAAGCCUCCGAACAUUAUCUCAGAGGUUUAAGGAAAUGGAUAACUUCUCAUCCACCGCAUGAAGAGUUUAAGGCCAUUGAAUGAGAUGGCAUAGUAGGCUCAAGGCAGAGGAGCUGCCAUGGACACCCUGGCUGCAGCACAGCUCUUCUCAGUGAAAGACUUUGACCGAAUAGUGGAGGUCAGAGCACAGAAGCACGAACACCUGCGAGGGCGCAACAACGUGACUUCGUGUCGCAGCCCCACGAGAGAGUUUGACACAAAACUGAUCAAAAAUGAACUGAAAGACAAAAGGCAGCUGGAGUUUCUAAGGAGGAGAUCAGUGAGCCCGGACCUGUGUGGUCCGAAAUCUACAAGGACAAAAAGUUCACCAAAGACGUUCCUGAUGAAACAUUACAGUUCAAGCAGCAAAUAUCAAGUGAAUACAAAGAUCCCAACUAUUUCUAACGGACAUCAAAAGGGGAUUUUAGAGACAAACAGCAGCAUAACUGAUGGUCCAAGCACCAACACAUGGGCCUCCUUAUGGUCAGAGCAGGUAACACUGAUGAGGGACGAUAAAGGCCAUCCAAGGAUACAAGCAUCUACCUCAACACCUGUGAUAAAGGAAUCAAACCUGCAAAGGAUGAGAAGAGAGAACAGUACAAAAGCUCAAAAAACAAGCAUCAUCGAAACAGUAAUCCAAAGAGAAAACAUUCAGCAGAAAUUCUCCCAUCAAACCACAAAUAUUCUACAAAACAAAUCCCUUCGAGAGGCGGGUGUGCAGACAGCGUCUGGCUUUGUCACUGUCAAGGAAUCAGACAUUCAGCGGUUAGCAGAGUAUUUGCAGGAGGCCCUGUGGAGAGAGGAGGCCAUGAAGAAGAAGCUGGGAGCGCUCCAGGAGAGCACGUCAAACCUCACAAACUCCUCGACGAAAAUAUGGACGGCUCGCUGCAGUGAAGACCUACUGAGAAACAAGAUCAAGUCUCUGGAGGCGCAGCUGCAAGUCUGCCUGCAGAAGUUUCCAAAAGAUGGAGUGAAGAAGCUGGUGGUGCAGAUGGAGAAGCAGAAACUGAUAUAUGAGGAGAAAGCCUUGGUUGCCCUUCAGAAGGUCACAGAGGAGAAAAGUGAUGCACUCUGCAAGGCUGAGACACUGCAGGAAUCACUAAUCACAGCAAAGGCCGAGGCGCUGAAGUGUCAGAGUCUGUAUGAGGAGCUGAGGCUGAGCUCUGGUCAACUCAGGGAGAACCAGCACCUCAGUAAUGAACAGCUGCAGCAGCUCCACAGCCAAGUGGAGCUGUCCGGGGCCAGAGAGGCCGAACUGAGGGAGGAGGUGGGGUCAUUAAGACGAGAGAACAAGGACCUACAGUACAACAUCUGCCUGCUGGAGGAGGACAACCAUAUCUUAAGAGAGGAAAUCAAGAACCUCAGCGAUGGUGGCAAUGAGAGCCAGGACACCGUGAUGCAAGAUUGUCUGACCUCAGAGGAAGCAGAGCCACAACUGACUCUGAGGAGAGACACUCACAUGGAAGAGCAGCUCCGUCACACUCAGGAGAAUCUUCGGCUCAAGGAGACAGAGUGUGAGGAGCUGCAGACGGAGCUGCAGGCUAUGGAGCAGGAGUGUCAGUCCAGCCAGGCCCGACUGUCGCAGUGCAGGGAAGAACUCCGGCAACUCACAAUCCGCCGCAGGAGACUGACACUGUGUGGCCGCUGGUGGAAGGUGUGUGUGUUCUUCCUCCUCCUCUUCGCUGUGGCGGGAGUUGCCAUGCUGUGGCUGUGGCAUCCUCCUUUCAGGGAGCAAGUUGAAGACCUGUAUUCAGACAUAGAGACACGUAUCGAGAACUAUCUCCUGGAAAUGGCCUCUCCUCAACAUUCAAGCUGUUUUAGACCAAUAUGACAACAUCACUGCUCAAGAAUUACAUUAUUUUUUCAUAGCUGUUGUAUUAGAACAAGAUUUUUACUGGAUGUAGUAUGAUAUGUAUUUCAUAUUAUUUUAAACCUUGAAACUUGAAGUGUAUGAUACAUGAUGUUGUGUUGACAUGUGUGGGAUGUACUGUGUGCGUGUGUGUGUGUCUGUGUGCAGACUAUUCAAAUACACAUGAAGUGUGAACAAA